UAACGUUUUUUGAUAGUGCGGCACAUGUUCCGCAACGCUUAUUGCGUCGUCUGCUCUGCAUGUUUUCAACUAGUUGGUUUCUAUUUUCUAAAGUCAUUUUAUUUAAUGAUAUCCCGUGUAUAAAUAAGUUUAGCAAGUUACCGGUUAAACCCCAUGAAAAAUGACAUCUCUGAUAGGUUCCAUGAUCUCCACUCUUGGUGCAACCCUGAAAUAUCGCUCAUUAGUUGGAACUGCUAAUCAAGCUUCAAAAGUUGUAGCUUUGUUCAGUCCAGAAUGGACCACAGUGCGAUUUCGCUUCCACGCUGAUAAAGUUGCCAAAGGACCAGUUCCCCGUCGUUUUGGUUAUGAAGAAAAAAUUUUCAAGGGUGGUCUUUUACCCAGAACAUCUUACCAGGACAAACGAUUACCCAUACCAGAUUACAAGCCGAAAAACAGCUGGAAUGAAAAACGAGCACUUUUUGGCCAGAAUGACUACAUUGAUAUCCUUGGCCCAUCAAAUGAAAUCACUCAAAAGACCUUACACCCAACUCAAUUGCUCUACAAUGUUCCUCACUGGUUAAGAGGAGUAAAAGGAAACGAGUAUCAGGUCCUGUUGCGCAAGAGGAAAUUUGUGCAAAAGGAAGGUUACCCUAUCACCCAUCCAACAAAGUGGGCCGAGCUGAAUGUCAGAAUCAAAAAGCUCUACAAAUAUUUGAAUACCAAAACAAAGUCACCCUUCUGGAAACAUGCUUAGUGAAUUAGUGUUUUAAAUAAGCAGUAAUAAUAAAAAAAUACAUGAAU